AGCAUUUUUCCUGUUCCUAUGCGCACAACAGACGCUUGCAAGCUCGCGGAAGGUUUACAGCACUUGUAGGCCGACGAUUUUCAGCCACAACAAUUCACGUCUGGAGUCACAUUUAGGGAUAAACAUCAAGAAAUGAAUUAUAAAUGACUCGUAAAUGUAUUCAAUUUCUCAAAGCAAAUGUUUCUUGCACGGAAUAUCGGCACUUUGGGCAAGAGAGGGACACAAUUGGAAGGGAGAUCGUGGUCAAUUAGUUCCCUYCACUAUGGGUUGUUGGUAACCAGAUUUACCUGAAAUACAGCUGGAGUAGCCUAUGGUGCAUACCUGGAAUACAGAUCUUGUCUAGGGUAUUUAAAGGUCUCACAGUUUGCAAGAAUGAAAACAUUUCAGGGGAGAAUUAGGUAUUGUUGGGACAACAACGGCAAGAAGAGCUGGCUUUUAUGAAUAACUAUCUUUCAUUAUGUCAUUGUCAGCAAGGGCACCAACGCAUAAUAUUGAGAUGCAGACUCUUCUGAAGGGCAGAAGAGUGGGCUACUGGCUCAGCGAGAAGAAGAUCAAAAAGAUGAAUUUCCUGGUAUUUGUGGACAUGUGCAGGAAACGAGGCAUAGAAAUGGUUCAGCUGGAUCUGAGUCGGCCCCUGGAGGAGCAGGGCCCUCUGGAUGUCAUCAUCCACAAGCUGGCGGACCUCAUUCUGGCAGACCAGAAUGACACGCAGGCCCUGCUAUUGGUGCAGAGUGUCCAGGAUUACAUCGACACCCAUCCUGAAAUGGUGGUUCUGGACCCGCUGCCGGCCAUUAGGACCUUGUUGGACCGCUGCAAGUCCUACCAGCUCAUCCGCAGGCUUGAAGACUGCAUGAAAGAUGAAAGGAUCUGCUCUCCUCCCUUCAUGGUUCUAAGGAGUGAGUGUGGAACCGACACUCUCAAACACAUCCAGAAACAUGGCAUUACCUUCCCUUUCAUUUGUAAAACUCCAAACUCCAACUCCCAUGAGAUGGCCAUCAUCUUCAGUGAGGAGGACCUGAAGGAUGUUAAGCCCCCGUGUGUGAUCCAGAACUUCAUUAACCACGAUGCUGUACUCUACAAGGUGUAUGUGGUGGGAGAGGCCUACUACGUGGUAGAGAGGCCUUCUAUCAGAAACUUCCCUUCUGGACCUGCAGAGAGAAAACCCAUUUUUUUCCACAGUCAUGAUGUGUCCAAGCCAGAGUGUGCUUCCGACCUGAAUUCUAGGGACAAUGUGGAGGGGGUGUCCAGGGUGCCUGUCGACGACGUCAUCAGGGAGAUCUCCAGGUGUCUGCGGSGCGCACUGGAUGUGUCCCUGUUUGGCAUCGACAUAAUCAUCAGCAACCAGACAGGGCAGCAUGCAGUCAUUGACAUCAACGCAUUUCCAGGUUAUGAGGGAGUCCCGGAGUUCUUUGACGACCUACUGAGUCAUCUCACAAGUGUUCUCCAGGAGCGGGCCUUUGAGAGGACCAGCGUGGUCGGGGGACAGCCCCCCGCCACAGCCCUGGCCAACUGUGGGAAACCCUGCAUGCUCCUGGGAAACGAGGCCAACACCUGGAUCGUAGAGGGAGACUGCGUCAAGAGGGGAGGCAAUCAGGGACUGGGGUGCGACUCUGAAGUUUCGGCCAACUUCCAACAACAUUGUGUGUCUGCCAUCCCCACCAAAGCCUCCUCGCAAUAAUGCCCAGCCCUUAGUAGUGAAGAACAAGAUGUWGUAUGUAAWACAGUGGGGUCCGAAAUUGACACCCUUGAUAAAGAUGAGAAGAAAAUGGCGAUCAAAUAAAUAAUAAAAUUACUGAGCUACAUUGUAUGCUCCAUUUUUGUGUUAUAUUAMACAGUUGAUCAGAAAGAGAUUGUUUAAGUCAUCUUUUUAAAUGUAAUCUGACCAUAGCACRGGUUUCAGUCCAAGUGCCAAUGCCAAUUAGCAAACUCCAGGCAUUUAC